AUGCCUCCGGCCCGGCAAUACAAGCUAAACACGGAUGCGAGUGUGGUCAACGGGAAGGCUAAUGGAGGAGGAGUGUUACGGGACUCACAUGGUAGAGUUAUCUUUGCAUUCUAUAAGGAGUUUGGGGACAAAGGAGUGCUGCAUGCUGAGGCUUUGGCCGUAUUAGAGGGGCUGUUAAUGUGUGCGAUCAGGGGAUUACGAGGGGUUCUAGUGGAGGUGGACUCGGCGGUGCUUGUGUCCUUAGUUAAAUCAUCGGUACUGGGAGGUUGGUUAUAUUGCAGUGUGCUACGGCGGAUUCGCCGCCUGUUGGAUCAGGUUGCUGUGUCGUUUAGGCACAUAUUCCGGGAAGCAAAUGGGGUUGCAGAUAGGUUAGCUGCUUUGCAAGGUUGUCCGAGUAAGGUUUUUGAUUCACCGCAGCUCCUACCAAGAGAGGUUCGGGGGUGCAUUGCUAUGGACGUCGCUCAAGUCCCGUCUUUUAGAUUAGUGCUUGAAUAG